CUGAAAAAAUUAGAAGCAGCAUUUAAAAGUUUGCUUGGAAAGCACAACAUACAACUGGAAACAAAGUGGGAAGAUAUUAGGUCCAGAUUAGAACAUGAUCCAGCCUUCGAAAAUAUAACUCUGGAAGCUGAAAGAAUCCGACUGUUUAAAGAAUACUUAACAGCCAUGGAAGAAGUAUGUUCCCAUUAUCAUCCAAAGAAAAAGAAAACCAAGAAACACCGGUCUAGAAGAUCUCGAUCUAAAUCCCAUUCAAGUGACACUGAUGAUGGCCGUCAUCGAUCUGUAAGAAAAAGGAAACGCUAUUCCAAAUCACAUUCAGUAAGUGGUGGUUCUGACUCAGGACGAUCGAGAGAUGAUGAUGAGAAGAGUGCAAAGCGACACAGAAAAAAGUCCAAAAGGAAGAAACAUGCGUCACAGUCAGCAUCAGCAUCUGGUGCAUCUGAUAAUGAGAAAGACCACAUAAGUUCAUCCAGAGCAUCAAAGAAAAGAAUGGGUUUGACUGAAACGCAACCUGGUAAUAGGGAUAAACAAAAAAGCUCCAAG